GCCUGUGUCAUUGUCUCACAAUGGAAGAGAUGAAGAACAGUGAUACCCAACUGCCCACAAGUAGGCAGAAGCCUAUAAAGACUGAGUGGAAUUCCCGAAGCGUCCUGUUCACCUAUUUCCAGGGGGAUAUCAGCAGUGAAGUGGAUGAGCACUUCUCCAGAGCUCUGAGCAAUAUUAAGAGGCCCCAGGAAUUGAGCCCCUUGAGCCACAGUGACGAAGUGAUCCUGAAGAAUGAUAGUGACAUGCCUCCGAAUCACUGGCGUUUCUCUUCUCCCUGGACAAAGCCACGGCCAGAAGCAUCCCUUGCAACUCCUGCCACCACCAGCAGAUUGAGCAUGUGUGAUCCCAUGCCUAUGGAUCACUACCCACUGGCCCUGGCAGAGACCCCCCCUGCUCAGCCUAGGGAUCUGUGGCAUUUCCCGCCCCUAGCAAGCCCCAGCUCCCCAGAGCCUGGCUAUGCUCAAGCAUUUCCUAGUGGGCCCCUGAUUCCAGGGCCUCACCCUGCUAGGAAAUGUGAGCCCUUCCUAAGUUUCCUCCAGCAGGACAGAUGCCUAAAUUGUCCUCAGGAAUCUGUCAUGAGAGAAGACUACAACCCUGUCCAGCUAGGUGGAAGCACAGGACUGUUCUUCAACCUGCCUCCCAGCUCAGUACACUGUAAAAAGCUGUAUGUCCCCCCGAGUCAUGGACCUGUGAGUCCUAGCCUUGCAAAUGAAACACUGAACCCUUGGAGCCACCCAAGUGGAUACCCGCCGCAUUUUCAGUCAAGCUGGAGGAACAAGGCGAGGGUUGGCCCAAGAUACGGCAGUGAGACCUCAAUGAAGGUUGCUCCAGAUCAAAUGAUGAUUCCUCAAGCUCACUCACCUCCCCAGUCUGGUAGACAGCCUUGUAUUUAGUGUGAGCUGGGUAGUUGCCCUGCAACAAUCCUGGAAGCCCCUGCUAUCAGUCUGCCACAUUUAUACCCCACUUGCUCUUGCAUGAUAGCUCAGAAAGUGAAUCAUAAUAAAGCUGCAUUAU